CGUCGCCUGCAAAAAGCUACACACAGUCACGCCGAAAAGCAAAGCGAAGCAAAGCUCGCAGCCAGUAGGAGAGGGGAGGAAGAAGACGAGGAGGAGGAGCAGUGCAGAAGCAGUAGCAAAAGGAGCUACAAAGAAGAAGAAGCAUGACGAAGGAAGUUAGUGAAGAGCCGCAGCUCCAUCACCAGCCCAAGGACUACGAGGACCCGCCGCCGGCGCCGCUUUUCGACCUAGGCGAGCUUUCUCUCUGGUCAUUCUACCGCGCACUCAUCGCCGAGUUCAUCGCCACACUCCUAUUCCUCUACGUCUCCAUCGCCACCGUCAUCGGCCACAAGAAGCUCAACGCCGCCGACCAAUGCGACGGCGUAGGCAUCCUCGGCAUCGCCUGGGCGUUCGGCGGCAUGAUCUUCAUCCUCGUCUACUGCACCGCCGGAAUUUCAGGUGGCCACAUUAACCCGGCGGUUACGUUGGGGCUGUUCCUGGCAAGGAAGGUUUCUCUGGUUAGGGCGGUUCUGUACAUGGUAGCACAGUGCUUGGGAGCAAUCUGCGGCGUAGGUUUAGUAAAAGCGUUCAUGAAGAACCCCUACAACCGUCUCGGCGGCGGCGUGAACGUGGUGGCGUCGGGGUACAACAACGGAACUGCGCUGGGUGCGGAGAUCAUCGGCACCUUCGUGCUGGUCUACACAGUGUUCUCAGCUACAGACCCUAAGAGGAGCGCGCGUGACUCUCACGUCCCCGUGUUGGCUCCACUUCCGAUUGGAUUUGCGGUGUUCAUGGUCCACUUAGCCACCAUCCCCAUCACCGGAACUGGCAUUAAUCCGGCGAGGAGCUUCGGAGCUGCCGUCAUAUUCAACAACGAUAAGGCCUGGGAUGACCAUUGGAUUUUCUGGGUAGGGCCAUUUGUGGGAGCACUGGCAGCGGCGAUAUACCACCAGUUUGUAUUGAGGGCUGCAGCCAUUAAAGCUUUGGGAUCUUUCAGGAGCAAUCCCACCAAUUAAGCAGCUAUCAUCAUCCUUAGAUUGAGUCACUCACAACUGCCAUUAUUAUUAUGAUUAUCACCAUCGUCCUGUGUUGUUAAUUAUCUUGUCUCCUUUAUUUUAAUUUAUAAUUUAAAUUUGAUGGUUGGGAUGUGGUCCUGGCUGGCUGGUCAUGGACCAGUCAGUGGAGUGGUGUGGUGUGUUUGUGUAAUGUAACGAGAGGAGAAUGGAUGAAUGAAGAAUGAUUGUUUAUUAAA